CCUCGGCCCUUUCCGCCGGCGCUUCGGCGCCGCCCGGCUCCCCGCUCCCCUCCCGCCCCGCGCUCCCUCCCUCCUUCUCUCUGCUCCUCGCUUUCCAGAGCGAAAAGUCGCGAACUCCACGCGGCUAGUUUGCCGCGUCCCUUGCGCGCGGCCGCGCCAGCUCACCUGGGCGCCUCUCCCAGCCCCGCGCCGCAUCCCCCUGCUCCUCCUGGACCGGCCAGCGGCCUGUCGCCGCGGUCGCCCAGCGUCCGGGGGUCGCGCCCUCGCAUCCUUCGUCCCGUGCGGGGAGGCGGCGGCCGGAGCCGGGCGGGCAGCCUGAGGUGAGAGCGCAGCCGGCCCCCGGGGAAUAUGGCGACCGGCGGCUACCGGGCCGGCAGCACCACAGACUUCCUGGAGGAGUGGAAGGCAAAGCGCGAGAAGAUGCGCGCUAAGCAGAGCCCGCCGGGCCCGGCCGCCCCGGGCGGGGGCAGUAGCGACACGGCCGGGAAGCCCUCUGCGGGCACCGUGGGCACCGCCGCCGCCGCGGCCAGCGAGCUCAACAACAACGUCCCGGGCGGCUCCGCCGCACCUGCCGCCCCCGGCUCGGGGGGCGCGAACUGCGCGGUCGGCCCCGCGGCGCUGAGCCGCCCCGCCCCCGGCCGCCGCGGGCCCGAUGAUGAGCCCCCCGGUGCCGCCGCCGCCGCCGCGGGGCCGCCGUCGGUCACGGGCGACGAGGAGGAGCGGGACGGCCCGGCGGAAAAGGGCAGGAGUGCGGGGCCCAGCGCCAGGAAGGGCAAGGGGCAGAUCGAGAAGCGGAAGCUGCGGGAGAAGCGGCGCUCCACCGGCGUGGUCAACAUCCCUGCGGCCGAGUGCUUAGAUGAAUAUGAAGAUGAUGAAGCAGGGCAGAAAGAACGGAAACGAGAAGAUGCAAUUACACAACAGAACACAAUGCAGAAUGAAGCUGUAAGCUUAUUAGAUCCAGGCAGUUCCUAUCUAUUACAAGAGCCAUCUAGAACGGUUUCAGGCAGAUACAAAAGCACAACCACUGCCUCUGAAGAAGAUAUUUCAAGUAGAUAUCCCCGAACAGAGAGAAGUGGGUUCAGCAGAUACAACAGGGAUGCAAGUGCUUCAGGUAGUUUGGUCUCAAGUAGCACAUUGGAAAAGAAAAUUGAAGAUCUUGAAAAGGAAGUAGUAAGAGAAAGGCAAGAAAAUUUAAGACUUGUGAGACUAAUGCAAGAUAAAGAGGAAAUGAUCGGAAAACUCAAAGAAGAAAUUGAUUUGUUGAAUAGAGACCUAGAUGACAUAGAAGAUGAAAAUGAACAACUGAAGCAGGAGAAUAAAACUCUUUUGAAAGUUGUUGGGCAGCUAACAAGGUAGAAGAUUCGAGGCUCAAUGUGGAAAAAAUAUUUUAAAACUACUGAUUGAAUGUUAUGGUUAGUGAUAGGACAAAAUUCCUAUGCUGCAAUACAUUAAGUAUGUAUAUUUAUUUCUAGAAGAUAGUGGAUGUUUAUUUUCAAAAUAUUUCUGUUUCAUUAUUAGUUUAGAAAAGUUAUCAACCUUAUAUUUCACAAAUAAGUAACAUCUUUCAGUUAUUAAAAUAAUAGCUUAUGCCUCUUUUGGUUUUGUGUGUUAUUCAGAUAAUAUAUGGUUUAGAGUCACAACCAUAUGAAUAUAUUUUAUCUAUGGUAAUGUAUUUUAUCCCUUAAGGAAUAUACAUAGUCUUUGUUUACAUGAAGUCAAAUACUUGUGGGGAGUUAUCUGCAAAUGCCUUAUUGCUGAUGUGAGCAACCUUGUAUGUGUUGAUGAUUUAAUCAUAAAGGUCUCUGUCUACUGUCAUUUGUUCUUUCAAAUUAUUCUAAGCAAUUUAGAGUAAAAGAGAAUCACACUAUUGUGUAACAGUCAUCUUUAAAAAGGAAAGCUAUAAAAAGUUACUUAAUAUCAUGUACUAGUUGGCUGAAUAUAAAAUUUAAGAGAAUACUUGAAUUAUGCUAUAGUAAAUUAAAAUGUACUAUUUUGUAUUUGAAUAUUGAAAAAAAUUUAAAUCACUGUAACUUCUGAAAAGCAUACAGUUAUAAUUUUAAUAUAAAAUUUCUUUUAUAGGUACUACCUUUUCUAUUAUUCCAAGGUUUAUAAGUGAGCAUGGGAUAUUUUUAAAGUUCUUUAUUCACAACCUGGAGAAUGUGUACAGUAUCAUUGUAUAAGAAAAAAACCCAUACUUUUAAUUAUCAUAUGCAUUAAAAUGAAAACCAAAAUAUUUGUCCACACUUACAACAUUUAUACUUAUAUUAACAAAACAGUACGUAAACAGAAAUAGUACUGAAAUACUUUGCUUAAUUUCUAACUUGGAGAAUAACACUGUGCCACUGUUGUUCUCAUAUGAGAGAAUUAUUCCCCUACCUCACAUUUAAGGGAUUGUUUUCUUAACAUUGAAUAUUUAAAAACAUUUAUUUUGAAGAAUUACACAGAUUUUCUUUCCUAUUAAAUAUCAUUAGUGUUUAGAGUUGUCUUGAUGACAUUGUCAUGUUGAGUAAGAAGACCCCGUCUUUAAAAUACAUUAACAGUAAGAAAUGUCUGCCUUAUGAUUGAAUCUCAAAUAGUAUACAACAGUUUUGUUUAAUUAAUGUACAUAAGUGGUCUUAACGUAGUAAAAUCCAUUUUUGGUGCCCUAUUGACUCUUUUCUUCACUUGGUAAGCCCCUUCAUUAUUCACUAUUAGAAAAAUAGGGAAGGUGAGACAAUUGAAAAAAAUGUGGAAUAAUUGAAAAAUAUCAGAUGUUGGAUUCUAAAUCUCCGUAGUGACCUAGCUUGGCUCCCCCACCUUCCCACUUGAAAGUUCCAACUUUGGCUGAUCAUCAGAAUCACUUGUGUUGCUUGAGAAGAAGUUUGGCUGUAGUUUAUAGAUAGGUUUAGGCUGAGAUCCUGGACAGAAUUCUUAAAGCUUGCCAUCUGGUCACUCUGACCAUAAUCUGGGUUUGGAAACAGCUGCCCUUACCUCUUUCCUCCUGUGGCUUCCUUUGGAGACUCUGGAAUUAACAUAAUUUUAGCCCCUGGCAUUUUUCCCCCUCUUAGUUUAUUUAAUAAUUAACAUGGUCUCUGGAGGAAUUUUCAUAUGUCCAUGUGUAUGUAUCAAAAAGUUCACUAUUAGAUUACCAAAUUAGAGAGCUGCAGCAUUAUUGCCUUCAAGCAUCCUUUUUGGAGAAUAUUCCCUGGCAUGGGAACAGAGAUCUGCUGCCCACGUGCCACAGGGUAUGACAAGUUCAGUCAUCAGCUUUAGUUGCAAGAUACUCAUCUCCCUUUAGCUACCCUUAUCUAGGAAAUGCUAGUAUUGCCCAGUUGCCCAAUCCACACUUUGAAUGUUGUGAAAAUGCUGUCAGUAUUCAGCCUUAAAAUAUAUUAAUGUAUUGAUUUUUCAGUAAAAGAUUUGAAUUUUCAAUUUAAUGCAAAUGUAAGUAAAGGAAUAUUUCGUUUUCCCUUUAAAAAUUACACCAGUUAUUAAUGCUUUUAAAGACUGAUUUGUUAAAAAAAUUUUUUGCUUUGUUCAGUUUAUUGGGAAAAUUUCCUACAGUGAUCUUUUACAUAAUGGUACCUAGUUCAAACACAAGAGCCUGACAACUUAGAGCGAUUCACAAGCAGCCCUUCUGUUCUUAAAACAUAUUUUCAUAUUGCAUACAGGUUUUUAAACUGAACAUUGAAAAAUAGAGUAGGAUCUGCUACGAUUUUCCUUUAAUAUUAAUCAGAAGCAUUGAUAUUUUUUUAAAAGGUAACUUUAAUAUGUACACUACCUUAGAAAACUUGGGUGUUGUCAAUAAAGUGCUAGUGUUUGUGAAAUUUUUAGUCCCAUUUAGAGAUAAUAUUUCUUAUGUUCCCUGGGAAUUUGUGGCAUAAUAAAGCAUAUUCAAAGUUUUUAUGUGUUUAUGAUAUUAUUUUCAAAAUACUAAGUUUAUUAACUUUAAAAUGAACAUGACUUCUCUCUGUUUUCUGACAUGCAUUAACUUGAGAAUUGCUAAAGUAAUCUCUACUUCAUUUUUCUAGAAUUGUUAUUUUAUUGCAGUACAGUUACCUUUACAGAGGAAGAGGGAGGAAGGCAUUAGGGUAUAUAUUUCUAAAUGAAUUUAAUAAGUAUAGUAGAUAGCACUUUUACACUGGCUCAAGUCGUUCGAAACAGAAAAUUAAGUAUUAGGCAGACAAAAGAAAAAAAUGUAUUAUUUUUUUCUUUAAAAUAACUUUUUAAUUGUAGAAGCCGUGUGUUCUUCAGGUAAAAAGGCCAUCUCAACUACAUGUGGUUUAUAUUUUCUGGAUUAAUCUGGAUUUGUAUAAUUAGAAAUCAAAAUGAAAAAUUUGAGUCCACUGUGUUUUGUUGAAUAUAAUACAAAUCAGUGUAAUAGAUACAUUCAUAUGUUAAACAGCGUAAGACAAAAUAGGAAAGACUUUGAUACUGAUUUGAUGUCCUAGACAAUAUCUGUACAUACAGUGUUAGUCAUCUUUUAUCAGUUUUGUAGUUUUAUGACCUUAAUUCAGUACCUAGUAAGUUUCAUGCAGUGUUGGCACUUAAUUAAUAACUGUUCAUGGUUUUGUCAAUGACCUGUUAAUAAGAUUAAGGCAUAUAUUUUCAUCUUGUAAUAUAAGAAACCAAACAUACCAGCUUUUCAUUGGGGGGAAUGUAUUAAGUGAGAAAGAACUAGCAUUCAGAAAUCAGAACUUUAAAAUAACAUGUUAAAGUCAAUGCUAAAUACUCUUUUAUCAUAUGUGAACCCCAUUCCUAUUAUAUAACCCUAAACUUGACUUACUUUAUAUUGGAACUAUGCUCACCCUCAUAAAUAAAGGACAUCCUGUUGACCAGGAUUGUAAUUUCUAUUACUUAUGUGAGAACUAGUGACACUUUUCUUUUGUCGUUCCAUUAAACUGAAAGCAUGGAGACAGACAGCAAACAUUUUGCUCACUGAAUGCCUCAGCACAGCACUUCCCCCUUCUGUUCAGUUUUAUUGAUGUAUAGAAGUUAGUUGUUUCAUUCUCAGUGUAAAGACUUUUAAAUCAUUACCCAAGAAAACCCGAGCCGAUACUGUUUUUUACUUAAGUAGAAAUUCAUAGCAAAGUCAUAUCUCCAUCAUAAAAAUAAUUACAUGUAUGUAAAAGGAGUAUGAAGAGGGGAUUACUUUAAAUUUUCAUACCUAUUUUUUUCAGCAAGUAUUAGUUAACUGGGUAUACAGUUAUAGAUAGUAAAGAAGUUUGUUUGUUUGUUUUAAUGGGAAUGGACCAACCCUUCCAUCCAGCAGAGUACAAUCCAUGUAGUGUGUGCCAGGAGCACAAAGUUAAAUUUUAGGCAGCAUUGGAUAGUCUAACCUGAAUAGUUGACUCAAAAGUACUUUUUUGUAUUAAUUGUCCAGCUGUUGUCUUUUAGGUCUAGUUAAUAGGUACUAUUUAAUUUGCUGCGGCACUUACUGAACGGUGGCAUGAAAGACCUGAUGCAUAUUGGGAAGUAUAUUACCAUAUUAUUUUAGAUGAUUAUGCAUUGUGAGAAGAACAUUCAAGAAAUUAAUGAAGUAAAAAGAUGUAUGUCAGAUACACCAGAUUGUUGAUGGUAUUCAAAUGUGGUUUUGUUAGUUUUUCUGUAUGUAUUACUGAUUAUUGGUUUGUUUUUUAAUUAUUGAAGUCUAAAUAAUUGUUUCAAAAAUUGGCACAUAAUACUUUGGUAAUAAUAGAAUGUUAGUGAUGAUCAUUUGAUGGACGUUUAUUACAUGUCUGUUUUGUUUUAUUUCUUCCUCUGAUACCUAAUUAGGGUUUUUUUUGUAAACUUGUCUUAAGAUUUGGCUAUACUAUUCAGGGUUUUUUAUUAUUACAUUUUCCUUCUAAAUUUAAGUAUUAGAUGGCUUCUGCUGCCAGAAAAGACCAUAUGAAAGCUAAAAUUUGCUGUUUUGUUGAAAAUCAGCUAAUUCAGGUAAUCCAAAUAUUUGCAGAAAAGCAUCAGAAUAAUUUUUUGAUCCACAUUAAUGUGAUAUAGACAGCUUUCAUAGUUCCCAUUGCAUAGAUUUUCAUUGUGGAGUAAUCAACUUUAUAUUGAUUAACUUCUAAUGUGCUUUGCAUGUAAAAUAAUAUUAAAUAAAAAUAAAUUUUUCAUUUAUUUUCA